GGAGGUGCUCCUCGGCGGGGAGGGGGCGGUGCCGUGUUGCCGCCGCCGCGGAGCGCCACGGAGCUGCUGCAUCCUCAUCCUCAUCCUUAUCUUCAUCCUCUCAUCCUCAUCCUCAUCCUCCCCUCCCCUCCCCUCCCUGGGCGCGACCCCGCCGGCUCCCCCCGCCCAGGGGGCGGGAAGCAGCGGGCUGCCCGCGGUGGCGGCGCGCCCCGAAGCGGCUCCCUCCGCACGGCGUUUCCCCCACCCCGCCGCUCCGCCGAUAAAUCCCCGAGCCGGGGGCAGCGCGGCACUCGGCGGCUGCCGCGCUGCGGGGAGGCGGCGGAGCUCGGCCCCCUCCCCGCGGCGGGGACCCCGACACGGGCAGCAGGAGCUCAGGAAAAACAAUGAACAAUGAACAUCUUCUUUCCAGGAUGAAACCUGGAAGCUUUUUUGCUGCUCUGUUGAAUAUGGGAUUAUAAAAAAGUUUUUUAAAAAUUGCACCUAGAGCAUCACUUUCAAAUGGAUAACUGCUGAACCUGGGACUCUUCAUUACCAACUUCUUGCAUCCUGGAGGGGAAAAUGAAUUUCACAAAUUGCACCACUGAAGCCAGUGAGGCUGCAAAGCCAAAGACAGUAACUGAAAAGAUGCUCGUUACCCUGACCUUGGCCACAAUCACAACCUUGACUAUGCUGCUGAAUUCUGCUGUAAUUGCAGCAAUCUCCACAACCAAGAAGCUCCACCAGCCGGCAAAUUAUCUCAUAUGUUCACUGGCUGUGACAGAUCUCCUUGUUGCUGUUCUCGUCAUGCCCUUGAGCAUCACUUACAUAAUGAUAGAUAAAUGGACUUUGGGGUACUUCAUCUGCGAGAUCUGGCUCAGCGUGGACAUGACCUGUUGCACGUGCUCCAUCCUUCAUCUGUGCGUCAUUGCACUGGACAGGUACUGGGCCAUCACAGAUGCCAUCGAAUACGCCAGGAAAAGAACGGCAAAAAGGGCUGGGCUGAUGAUAGCCACCGUGUGGACUAUCUCUGUUUUCAUAUCAAUGCCCCCCCUGUUUUGGAGAAAUCACCGCAGCGUCAAUAUUCCCAGUGAGUGCCGCAUUCAGCACGACCAUGUCAUCUACACCAUUUAUUCCACAUUCGGGGCAUUUUACAUCCCCUUGACUUUGAUCCUGAUCCUGUACUACAGAAUUUACCACGCUGCAAAGAGCCUUUACCAAAAGCGGGGCUCAAGCCGCCACCUCAGCAACAGGAGCACCGACAGCCAGAACUCUUUUGCCAGCUGCAAGCUCACACAGACGUUCUGCGUCUCGGACUUCUCCACGUCUGACCCAACCACAGAGUUUGAUAAAAUCAACGCAUCCGUGAGGAUCCCUCCUUUCGAGAAUGACUUGGACCCGGCUGGCGACCGGCAGCAGAUCUCCACCACACGAGAACGAAAGGCUGCUCGCAUUUUGGGGCUGAUUUUAGGUGCUUUCAUUUUGUCCUGGUUGCCCUUUUUCAUCAAGGAACUGCUUGUGGGCCUCUACAUUUGCACUGUCUCUCCAGAAGUAACAGACUUCUUGACCUGGCUUGGGUACCUCAACUCGCUCAUCAACCCUUUGCUGUACACGAGCUUUAAUGAGGAUUUCAAGCUGGCCUUUAGAAAGCUCAUCAGGUGUCGAGAACAUACUUAAAAGUACUGAGAGAAGAUAAUGCUGGCAUGACUCCUGGCCUUAAAAAUGAGCAAAACUAUUUGACUGCCACUGUUUCCCUUUAUAAAGGGGAUUUUUAUGUUUGUCUAUUUGCUUGACUGUUCUUCAGCCUGUAAUUCAUUAUGCCAUUUUUUAAUUUCUAGUGUUAUUCAUAGUAGAGGGUUUGAAAUAAAUUUAUUCUACAAAGGAAAAGAUUUUUUAGAAAUGAAACAACAAAAAAAUAUUAUUAUUAUUAGAUACUCAUGUCUAAGACCUUUUGUGUAAUCAAUGAUUCAAGAAGCAAACAACAAUAUUCACUUUUAUACUUUUUCCAUUUAAGAAUCGAACAUCGAAAUUAUGUACUGUAUAAACUAAACCCCAUAAAUACAUAUUCAAAAAUUAAUAAACACUUCAUGGUCAUGACAGCUAAACAGCACCUCUUUACUCUGGCUUUGUGAAAAAGCUGUAACAGCCAUUUAGGAGGAAA